AUGUCAUUUCCUUAUCAGAAAGUCCUGCUCAUCGGUGCCACCUCUGGUAUUGGGGAGGCACUGGCCACGAGGCUUGUCGAGAACGGCACCAAAGUCAUCAUUUCUGGGCGACGAAAGGAAAAUUUAGAUAAAUUUGUUGAGAAACAUGGCGAAGACAAGGUCACUGCCAAGACUUUGGAUGUCAUGAACAUUGGCCAAAUCGCAAAAUUUGCUUCCGAAGUGGUUGUUGAGCACCCCGAUCUGGACUGUAUUUUUGUCAACUCUGGCAUCCAGCGUGCUUUCGACUUUUCCAACCCCGAUAUGGUCGACAUGGAUGUUUUUGACCAGGAGUUGACAACCAACUAUACCUCGGCCGUGCGACUUGCUAAAGCGUUCAUACCCCAUCUUCAACAACAAUCUACAAAAACUGCUCUAAUCUUCACAACUUCUCAAAUGGCCUUGGUCCCGAUGAUGCGUUGCCCGAACUAUGGUGCCUCAAAGGCCGCCUUGCAUCAUUUUAUCCUCGCCCUCCGUACCCAAUUGUCUGAUGGACCGGGGGAUGUCCAAACUGAGCUCCACGAUGCGAAGCACCAGCCGGAUCUCAAGAAUGGCCAUCUUAUCGGUAUGCCUCUUCAGCAAUUCACCGAAGAGGUUUGGGAGAAGUUGGUUGGGCGAGAAGAUCAGAUUCUGGUUGGCUCGGCUAAGGAUAUUUUCAAUGUAUUUGAGGUCAAGCGACAGGAGCUGUAUCAGCAGAUGACCGAGAUGCUAUCUGGAUUGUUGAAACAAUUUUUGCGUUAA